GCCCGCGCGUUUCUCAGGGCACACUCACAGUAGGACCUUUUGUUCUAUGCUCUGGACGUGAUUGCGGUCAGAUUCGUCCGGGUCUGGCUGUAAUUGCAGUUGGAUACAUUUAGGAAAGUCCUCAUGUUAGAAUGCCCUCAGUUUUGCUCCGAAGCGUUCCUGGCGGGCCUCAGUUUCGCCCCUAAGCUUUCGUGUCAUAUACGCUGGCCAGACACCUUGCACGGGUCGCUGCAGGUUCAGGUUCUUCUGUCCCAGGCCAAAGGACACCGGCAACAGAAAGGCCCAAGGUCACUUCAGAAUAUUUGCAUUGGCUUCCUAGGCGCUCAUCUCGAGGAGCUUGUUGAUGACCUUGACUUUCUAGCGUCCUUUCUUCCAUCCGAAAUCAAGUUAUCUUUACUAGCAAUUGCGAGGCGCCGUGGAUUGCUGGAUGACAAGGUCCUUUCAGCACUAGCAGAUGACACAUGGGAGAUCUUGGAUCUGUCCGGCAGUGCAAUUUCAGACGAUGCAUUUGUUGCAAUGUUGGGGACAUGUUCAGGACUCUGCGCUGUGGAUAUCAGAAACUGCAAUAAGCUAACACCGGCUGCCGUGGAGAGACUGAUGGUCGACUGCAAAUCUCUCCACACGCUGCGAUGCGGGGGUUCUGCAAAAAGCGAUGCUUGUAUGAGGUCAUCGCUGAAGUACUUUCUUCCUGGCCUCAAGAAGGCAGAAGAGCCUAUGGCUAGCUGGGAGGAUUUGGACUGGGAAGAAGUAGUGAAAGGGCCACAAUCCCUUCGCUGGCUUAUUUGGCCUUCAAUCAAUGAAUGCAGCUGGCUAAAAUUGGCGACAGAAUGUCCGCGCAUUGUAAUCAACCCUGCACCCACGUCAGGCAAUCGCUAUAUGGGUGGGAAGUCUCACGUGCCAGAUUCAGCGAACGUGGUCAUCGAUCUUGAUGAGGCUUUUGUAAAGGGUAUUGCUCCUGAAAGCUGGGCAGUUCGAGGUGUCAUUGCAGCACGGGAGGAGGAGGAGAAAGGGAGGUGGGGGGAAGAGGGGGAGCAGGAGGGGGAGGAGGAGGGGGAGGGGGAGGAGGAAGACGAAGAUGGGGAGAGCAGGGCAACUACCAGACGAUUGUCCAGUGAGUCGAAGCACCGAUCGGCACAUGUGGAUCGUGACCAACGGGUGAUGGGGGAGCAAAAGGCACGAGCUCCGGAACAGUCAUUGGCUGAGUUGACGAUAGCUGAGAAGUUUCGAUUGGCAUAUCUUGAGCGCGACGAACGGAGGGCGCCAAAGCGUGCAAAAAACAAACGCCAGAACGAGCGCCGUGCUGCACGAGCAUGGAUAUCGACGGACCUGAUGGCAAGGUCCAGGCUGAUGGCUCAUCUUGCAAGGAAAUGAUAGGAAAGAAAUCCAAGGAACUUCAUUUAAAGAAUUUCAAAUAAGGAAUGAAUGAAUGAUCGGGUUGUUGUAUUCAUUGUCCAAGUUCUUUUUUGACCGUCUUUCACAUUCUUUGCCUUUUUUUUUUUGUUCGUUUUUGAAAGGAAAAAGAAUUGAAAAUUUCAGUUGUAGUGAGUGGUAGGAAGGUAGUGAAAGGUGAAAUUGAGAGAAUAAUAUAUAGCUUAGUUAAAAAAAAAUUAAAGAUACAUUCGUACCAACUUGUAUAGAAAUAAUAAGAGUAGUAGUUUGUAUAAAAAAAGGUGGGGAAAAAGAAAAGAAAAGAAUAGCAGUCCGUAGGAGGACAGUCUGACAUAAAAGAGCUGUUGUAUGCACUCGAGUGCUUGGUUGUAAAUCAUGGGGAAGUGAACGGCAGGGGGACCACCAGCAGCGCUGUGAUAGGUAUUCCAAAGACCUGUGGAUUUCAUCUUUGCCAUCAUGCAAGCUAAUUCUCAUAGAAAUCAAAUGGAGUGUAUAUA